AUGGCCAACGCCCUGUAUAACAUCUACCGGCUGGCUGGCCCUGUGGCGGCCGGCGCCCUCUUAUUCAACGCGUCCAUCUAUGAUGUCCGGGGUGGCACCCGCGCCGUGAUCUUCGACAGGAUCUCUGGUGUGCAGGAGGCCGUCGUCAACGAAGGCACACACUUCCUGAUUCCCUGGCUGCAGCGAGCGAUCGUCUACGACGUGCGAACAAAGCCGCGCAAUAUCUCGACCACCACCGGAAGUAAGGAUCUACAGAUGGUCAGCCUGACCCUCCGCGUGCUGCACCGUCCGGAGGUGCCGAAGCUGCCCCAGAUCUACCAGUCCUACGGCACAGACUACGAUGAGCGAGUGCUCCCCUCCAUCGGCAAUGAAGUCCUCAAAGCAAUCGUCGCUCAAUUCGACGCCGCCGAACUGAUCACCCAGCGUGAAGCCGUCUCCAACCGCAUCCGCACCGACCUCCUCAAGCGGGCCUCGCAGUUCAACAUCGCCCUCGAGGAUGUCUCCAUUACCCACAUGACCUUCGGCAAGGAGUUCACUCGCGCCGUCGAGCAGAAGCAGAUCGCCCAGCAAGACGCCGAGCGGGCGCGGUUCAUCGUCGAGCGCGCCGAGCAAGAGCGCCAGGCAAACGUUAUCCGUGCCGAGGGUGAAGCCGAAAGUGCUGAGAUCAUCAGCAAGGCUGUUGCCAAGGCGGGCAGCGGCUUGAUUGAGAUCCGUAAAAUCGACGCUAGCCGGGAGAUUGCGCAGACGCUGGCGAAUAACCCCAACGUCACGUAUUUGCCUGGUGGUGGUGAGGGCAAGGAUGGUGGCAAGAGCACUAGCCUUCUGCUGGGUCUGCGGACUUGA